CACACAGGCGGACCUGCACGCCGGGGGAGGGAGCGCGGCAGUGCCAACGCGAGGAAGCGCCAGCCGGCAGGAGGGCGCGAGCCCCCGCCGCCGCCCCGCGCCCGCGGAGGGCCCCGCGCCGCCCGUCUGCCCCCGCUCCCCCGGCCCGCGCGCUCCGGCGGCGGCUCCGCCCGCACAGACUUUGCAUGUGCGCGCGGCUGCCGCUCCGCUCGCCCGUUCUCGGUGUCAGCUCGCCGGGACGCUCCACACCGCGUCUCCUCCCGAUAGUUUCAAGUGAAAGUUAAGGACCAUUUGUCCUUAUCUGCCAUAUUGGUGACACACACUUCUGGAAGGAAGACCAGUUUGAGCAAAAAGGCAGACCAUCCCUUCCAACAGCACAGCAAGGUGACUAAGUGACUCUGAAGAAAUGAUGGUGGUACUGGAAUUGACUGUGGACAUCACUUCAGUUCGAGGCUGAAGUUAAAAGGUCUUUUUGAAGCUUAGAAGAAGCAGGUAUUAAGUCAUGAUGCAGGAAUCUGCGACAGAGACAAUAAGCAACAGUUCAAUGAAUCAAAAUGGAAUGAGCACUCUAAGCAGCCAAUUAGAUGCUGGCAGCAGAGAUGGAAGAUCAAGUGGUGACACGAGCACUGAAGUAAGCACAGUAGAACUGCUGCAUCUGCAACAACAGCAGGCACUCCAGGCAGCAAGGCAGCUGCUUUUACAGCAACAGACAAGCGGACUGAAAUCUCCUAAGGGCAGUGAUAAACAGAGACCACUGCAGGUUCCUGUGUCAGUGGCCAUGAUGACUCCCCAGGUGAUCACCCCUCAGCAAAUGCAGCAGAUUCUCCAGCAGCAAGUGUUGUCACCACAGCAGCUUCAAGCACUUCUCCAGCAGCAGCAAGCAGUUAUGUUGCAGCAGCAACAACUACAAGAGUUUUACAAGAAACAGCAAGAGCAGUUACAUCUUCAGCUUUUGCAGCAGCAGCAACAGCAGCAGCAACAGCAACAACAACAGCAGCAGCAACAGCAGCAGCAGCAGCAGCAGCAACAGCAGCAGCAGCAGCAGCAACAGCAGCAGCAGCAGCAGCAACAGCAUCCAGGAAAGCAAGCAAAAGAGCAGCAGCAGCAGCAGCAGUUGGCAGCCCAGCAGCUUGUCUUCCAGCAGCAGCUCCUCCAGAUGCAACAACUUCAGCAGCAGCAACAUCUGCUGAACCUUCAGCGUCAGGGACUCAUUUCCAUCCCACCUGGCCAGUCUGCUCUUCCUGUCCAGUCUCUGCCACAAGCUGGCUUAAGUCCUGCUGAGAUUCAGCAGUUAUGGAAAGAAGUGACUGGAGUUCACAGUAUGGAAGACAAUGGCAUUAAACAUGGAGGGCUAGACCUCACUACUAACAAUUCCUCCUCUACUACCUCCUCCACCACUUCCAAAGCAUCACCACCAAUAACUCAUCAUUCCAUAGUGAAUGGACAGUCUUCAGUUCUAAAUACAAGGCGAGACAGCUCGUCACAUGAGGAGACUGGGGCCUCCCAUACUCUCUAUGGUCAUGGAGUUUGCAAAUGGCCUGGCUGUGAAAGCGUUUGUGAAGAUUUUGGACAAUUUUUAAAGCACCUUAACAAUGAACAUGCAUUGGAUGACAGAAGCACUGCUCAGUGUCGAGUGCAAAUGCAAGUGGUUCAGCAGCUAGAAAUACAGCUUUCUAAAGAACGCGAACGUCUUCAAGCAAUGAUGACCCACUUGCACAUGCGACCCUCGGAGCCCAAGCCAUCUCCAAAACCUCUCAAUUUGGUGUCUAGUGUCACCAUGUCUAAGAACAUGUUGGAGACAUCCCCACAGAGCUUACCUCAAACUCCCACAACACCAACGGCCCCAGUCACCCCAAUUACCCAGGGACCUUCUGUAAUCACCCCAGCCAGUGUACCCAAUGUGGGAGCCAUUCGAAGAAGACAUUCAGACAAAUACAACAUUCCCAUGUCAUCAGAAAUUGCCCCAAACUAUGAAUUUUAUAAAAAUGCAGAUGUCAGACCUCCAUUUACUUAUGCAACUCUCAUAAGGCAGGCUAUCAUGGAAUCGAGUGACAGGCAGUUAACACUUAAUGAAAUUUACAGCUGGUUUACACGGACAUUUGCUUACUUCAGGCGUAAUGCAGCAACUUGGAAGAAUGCAGUGCGUCAUAAUCUUAGCCUGCACAAGUGUUUUGUUCGAGUAGAAAAUGUUAAAGGAGCAGUAUGGACAGUGGAUGAAGUAGAGUACCAGAAGCGAAGGUCACAAAAGAUAACAGGAAGCCCAACAUUAGUGAAAAACAUACCUACCAGCUUAGGCUAUGGAGCAGCUCUUAAUGCAAGCUUGCAGGCUGCACUGGCAGAGAGUAGUUUACCAUUGCUUAGUAACCCAGGAUUGAUAAAUAACGCAUCCAGUGGCUUACUGCAGGCAGUCCAUGAAGAUCUCAAUGGUUCGCUGGAUCACAUUGACAGUAAUGGAAAUAGCAGUCCGGGCUGCUCUCCUCAGCCUCACAUACAUUCUAUCCAUGUCAAAGAAGAACCAGUGAUUGCAGAGGAUGAAGACUGUCCAAUGUCCUUGGUGACAACAGCAAAUCACAGUCCAGAGUUGGAAGAUGAUAGAGAGAUUGAGGAAGAGCCUUUGUCCGAAGAUCUGGAAUGAAAAGAGACUUGAGAAACCUCAAAAUGAAGGGACAUAUCACUGACCUUCAGAACCACUCCGCAACCAUGAAUAUUUGACAAAUUUUUACUGUGACUAUUUAUUAAGCAUGGAUAAAGAAGAACAACCCUAAAGGAAGUUGUUAAGCCAGCCCUUUGGGACCCAGUAACAACAGGCAAAUUGCUUGUUUUCUUCUUCUUCUUUUUCUCUUUUUCCUUUUUUUUUUUUUAAGAUAAACUGAUUUUCUUGAAAAAAAAAACAAAAACAAAAACAAACACAAAACAAAACUGUUCUUUAUAUAAUGGCUUGCCCAUUUAAAAAAAUGUGGCUCUUAAGGGUUCAUGAAAUGACUGAAUAUGAGGAUACAUGUUCUGUAGAAAGCAAAUGGGCCUCAUAUACUGCCAAAAAUAGUGUUAGUUUCAUUAAUGUGAAUUUCCAGCAUACAGUAGUUGUAAUGUUAGAAACAAUUGCUGGUCAAGUUCAACUUGUUGCUAUUGUUUUUAAUUUGCACAGGAGUAGUAUCAGAAAUUAGUGUCACUGCUUGUAUCUAGCUGAAUUUUAAACAACAGAACAUUAGUUUUUUAUGUUGGUGCCACCAACUGUAAAUGACAUAACUUAGUUAUUACAAACCACAGUAAUUAGACUGUUGCAACCAUCUAAAAACCUUUAGGCUUCCAGUCUGUGCUGUUAGUGUUAAGAUGUAAAGUGCAAUCCUAAGCUAACAUUGUCUGUGCAAACACCAUAGAAACAUUUGCAUAUCUGCAUAUAUCUUACAACUGUACUCUUUACCUCCUUGUGAUAAAGCUUUGUCUACCUGCAAACACAGUCAAAGGCUACAGCUGCAAACCAAAGCCAACUCUAACAAUGGCCAAUAGCUCAAUGACAGAAGCAGCCACAUGCUUUGGUCAGCCUUCUGUAACUUUAAUUAGUACAAAGGAACCUUUCCAUGAACUACCUGCUGUUUUCUGAUGACCUCUGGGAUCUUUUCAUUUAGCCCUAUACAAAGAAAGAAAUAUGAAAAAAAAAAAAAAGUCAGUUCAGUCACAGUGUAAUCUUCUGAGGCCAAAAGUCAAUCCAAAUGCAGUGAAGAUUUGCUUUCAUUUAAGACAGAGGUGAGAACAAAGUCUGCAGUGGAAGUUAUGAUAGAAAGCAACAAAUGUGGAUCACUGACCAAAAUAAUUAUGUACUUGAUGCAAAUGCAGAUUGCAUAUUGUUAUAUAUAAUACAUUAUGUUUUAUUUUUUUUCCCAUUCAGUCUGUUUUUUUCUGUGGUGAAUACAUGUUGUUAGAAGAUGUCUUGUACGGUCUUAAUCUUUGUUGUGUACUAUUUUUUAUAGUCUUAAGUUAUAAUGAAAAAAAAAAAAAAAGUAGGAACCAAACAUAAAA